AUCAUGGGAAAAGGAAAGUUGACCACCAUUAUUACCUGUCUUAUUUUAGGAUUAGUCAUGGCUGACGAAUGUCCGGAAAAUGAUGACUUAGUGCUAGAGCUUGAACUUUUUAACCAGACUUAUGAAUUCCCAUGCCUCUAUUCAGGUUUCAUUAACGUAGAUCCUUCAGAAGAUAUAAAUCUAUUUUACACUUUCAUCAGAGAAGAAACCUUUGACUCUAGUGCACCUCUUGUCUUAUGGUUGAAUGGAGGCCCUGGCUCGAGCAGCCAGCUAGGAAUGUUCCUUGAGAAUGGACCUUUAAGACUAAUAGAAACAUCAACUGGAGAUACUGAGGUACAUUCCCUAACUGGAGUAUCCUGGACUUCUGUAGCCAAUAUGCUUUAUCUUGAUCAACCUGUUGGAGCAGGAUAUAGCUAUGGCAACAAGCUUUAUACUAGCCAGGAGGAAGUAAGAAAUUACACCCUGACAUUUCUACAAAUGUUCUACGAGAUCCAUCCAGAUAUGGAAGGAAGAGAUUUCUACAUCACUGGUGAAAGCUAUGCAGGGAAAUAUAUCCCAAAUAUUGCUCAUGAAAUUUUGGAGUUCAAUAAACUUGAGAACGUUGAUGCAAUCCCAUUAAAAGGAAUCGCUAUUGGUAAUGGAUUCAUGGAACCGAAAGAGCAAAGACUUCUUCCUCAUAAGUUAGGACUUGCAGCUGGAUUGAUCCCAAUAGAUUCAUAUCCAGAAAUUGAUAUCUUAAAUAAGAGAUGAGAGGAAGGAAGCCACAAUGCAUCUGAAGCAUAUAAUCUCUGAUUCGAGACAGCUGAGUUUAUCAGAGAGAUGGGAGGAAAUAUGGACAAUUAUGACAUAAGAUGGCCUAAUGAGAACAUGACUCAUGACCAAACCCAGAUUCUUGAAUACCUCAACCGCCCUCUUGUUGUUUCUCAGUUACAUGCUGAUACAUCCCCAAGAGAUCCUAAAUUUGAUGCUUGGAACAAGACAGUAUUUCAUCAUUUUAAUGCUUAUGAUGGAAUGAAGAGCUACACUCAUUUAUAUGAUACUCUAUUAGAGUUCAUACAAGAUAAUGGGGAAGAUAACCUUCCAAUGAUAGUUUAUUACGGAAACAUGGACCUCAAAUUUGGAGCCUACCAGCAACAUCGUCUGCUCGAAAAUAUGAAAUGGAUGUAUAAGAAUGAGUUCCUGAGCUCUGCUCAGAACAUUUACUACUACAUCGAUGAUGACGACUCAAAAAUUGGUGGAAAUUAUAAGCAAUUUAAGAACUUUAAUUUCCUAACUGUGUACUCUGCAGGACAUUUGGUGCCUACAACCCAGCUCGCUCUUAGUAAAAAUGUGUUACAGGAUUUGAUAAAGUAUAAAGGCCUUCAUUGUCACGAAGAAGAUGGGCAUUGCAGUGUGAAACAAGAGAUGUGUCAAUUCAUGAACGAUUGUAACGACAAAGGCGACUGUGAGAACGGGCAAUGUACUAAGUGUGUAGAAGACCAUUAUGGUGCAGACUGCUCUAUCAAGGUUAAAACAGUUGUGCCAGGUACCCAAGUGUUUGAAAGUAACCAUUUAUGGACUUACUACAAAAUCCAUGCAGAUCAUCGAUUUGAAUACUUUGCCAGAAGUGAAGAACCAAUUGUGGUAUACAAGAGAGACGGAGAUAUACCUACUAAGAGUAUCUACCAAGUAAAAGAAUCUGGAACUGAAAUUAUCAUCAAGAACAAAGGGUGUUUAAAUAAAGAUAAUUGAAACGGAACCAUAGUUGACACCUUUAUCGGGAUUUAUAACCCAUCAAUGCAAACAGUCAACUUCAAGCUUAAAGAGAAUGUUUAUGGAAAAGGAUUUUACCUUACAGUUCUAGUAUUGCUCUUAGGAUUUCUGUUAUUAGUCAAUAUUUGCAUUAUUACUCACUGGAAGCCGAGAAAAGUGCCAAGAGGAGAGUUCUUACUUGAUUCUGACGGAGAAGUAGAACUCGAGCCUGUAAAUUCUAGCAGCUCUAGCAAAAAAUCUCACUAA